AUGACAUGUGCGGGCGUUUCGCGGACGUGGCAACGGAUUUGUGAAGAUGAUCAGACGUGGCGACAGAAAUGUUUCGAGAACGGAUAUGUGGAACUUGAUGCGCCAAGUUUUCGUUUUCUCGGAGGUUGGGCGGCGAAUCGAGCAAAUGAGCAAUGGGGAAUCACAAUCUGUUCACAUAUGGAUCUUCAAGAAGCACAGCAGAAUCGACAAGCGCGCGAGAUCGCAUAUGGACAAUGUUAUGAGCGUUCGCCGUGGAAGUCGCUGUACUUGCGAAAGAAGCGAAUCAUUUCGAAUUGGCGAUCCCGAGCGUUUCAAUCAAGCGCUGUUCUAGAGGAUGACUUUGAUUACGCCAUUCCUAUACAAAUUCGCCCUGGUCUUAUCAUUACUGGUUCUCGUGAUGAUACGUUGCGGGUCUGGAAUGUUGAAGAUGCUCAACCUGCUUUUACUCUAACUGGUUAUAAGAGUAACCCUUGGUCGCAUCAAGUGAGCGAAGAUCGCAAAUACAUUGUCUGUGGCGGGCAGGAUGAGACGGUGCGCGUUUGGUGUGGUCAAACCGGUGCACAGCUUCAUGUUUUGCAGGGACAUACGGAUGCGAUUUCAUGCUUGAGUCUACAUGGCACAACUCUUGUUUCUGGAUCGUGGGAUGAAACGCUCCGUGUCUGGGACAUUGUGAGUUUUGUGAAAUUUGAUGGAGAGCGGGUUGUAUCUAGUGGCGGUGAUUAUACCGUAAACGUUUGGCGUGUACACACGGGGGAGUGCUUGCACAUGUUAAGGGGUCACACGGAUAUAAUCCUUUCACUUUUGUUUGAGUCACAGCGUGAUCUUGUCGUGUCGGGUAGUCGUGACGGAACGAUUCGCGUCUGGGAUGUGCAAAGAGGAACAUGCAUCGCACAUCUUGACUUUCUUCAAGGGUUAAGGUUCGAAGGUUAUCGGAACUUUGGGAUGCAGCUUCGCGGAAACAUUUUGGCCUGCUAUUACGACUCGGAAGUUUGGGUUUGGGACAUUCGUGAGGGUGGCUCAUGCCUUCACCACUUACAUGGCCGAAAUGGUCAUACGUCGAACAUCACUUCAUUGCAAUUGCUCGACUCCGGACUUUUGGUGACAGGUUCGAGGAAUGGCUCGGUGAAGCUGUGGGAUGUGGACAAAGGUAUCUUUGUUCGUGAUCUCAUUCGUCUUCCAUUGGUUGACUAUCGCUGUUAUGAUUGGAAUCUCGAAGCCUCUGAAACAUUACUCGUCUGUGUAAUUCGAGUUUGGGAACGCCUAUGGGGAUACGAGGCAAAGAUCAUCUUGAUCGAUUUUGACGCAUCAUAUCCA